AUGAUGACACGUGAAGACGUUAUGACCGAGAAGCCGUUAUUUAAGAACUUAACAAGUGACCUUGAGAGUGACCUUGACGGUGCAUGGUGCAAGGUAGCCUGUGAUCUCAGGUACAAAGAGACACCUUGUCGCCUUACACUGAAUCGAGCCCGUGAUUUUGGCAAAUCUGUAAUCGAAGUUGUCACGGGCCAAAAUGCUGAGGCCUGA